UACGAUUACUUCUAACGAUUACGAUUGGUAAACAAAUACUCGUUAUCUCUGUUCAUUAACCAGAAUUUUUCAUCUAAUUACCAUCACCAUGCAUUCUCUUUACUAUUUAACUAUUGAACAACUUGAAGAGCUUGUUCAAGACAAGUAUUCUUUGAUUAAAGUGGAAAAAAGAAAUUUUUCAAUUCCAUUGUUACCGUCCUCCUUGGAUAGGAUUGCCUCUGAAGUUUUGAAAAUUAUUCAUGAUUGGACUCAUAAAUAUAGCAUAGAUUUACAAGGUAUUCUCCUCCAUCAUGACCAGCUACAAUUUUUAUCUGAUUAUGGACGCAUUAAAGACGAUGAUCCAUUUAUUUAUUGGGAUAUUUCCGCGCGUUUUUAUACAUUCAGUCCACAAUUAGGAGCCAUAAUUCGUGGCAAAAUAAAUAAGUUCACUAAGAGUCAAGUAAUGAAUGCGAUAGUUUUUAAUUGUAUUAUUAGUGCAUUUACGCCUGAAAAAGUCCAUCCCUCAAUUGCAAGUGAAUUGACUCUCGGUCAAGAAAUUUUAUUCCGAAUAGAGUCUUACGACUCAGAUCAUUCUUUGAUUUAUGGAUUAAUUGAUGAAGAGUGUGUUGAACUCAUGAAACAACAAGAUUUAUUGAUGCUCGAAUAAAAUUACAAAUAUUAAGUAUUGUAAAA